UUUCCCAGCGACUCGGAAGACAUUCCAAACAGAAAACGAUCCGAAUUUUUCUUUAAUAUUUCUUCUGUAUUUUGUAACCAAGUCGUAAGUAAUGGCGUUGGAAACGGUGCCAAAAGAUCUGCGCCAUUUGCGAGCCUGUCUGCUUUGCUCUUUAGUGAAGACCAUCGACCAGUUUGAAUACGACGGCUGUGAUAACUGUGAGUCGUACCUGCAGAUGAAGGGGAACAGAGAGAUGGUUUAUGAGUGCACAAGCUCCUCGUUUGAUGGUGUCAUUGCCAUGAUGAGUCCUGAAGACAGCUGGGUGUCUAAAUGGCAGAGAAUAGGCACCUUCAAGCCAGGUGUAUAUGCUGUGUCUGUGACAGGCAGACUACCUCCAGGUGUGGUGAGAGAGCUGAAAAGCAGAGGAGUCAUGUACAAAUCCAGAGACACGGCAGUGAAAACAUAACCCCGACUGUUUCCUGCUAACGUCAUCCGCUUGAGCUGAAACAUCUGUGAUGUUUUAAAAAAAAAUUUUAUUUUCAUUGUGAAUGUUCUGCAAGUUACAGGAAAAAAGGACAAAAUCCUAAA